ACCAGCAAGACGUCAGUGCGCGCGUGUUGGAAAACGGUAUCUGAAAGAUUCAAAACUUCGAAAAAUCUCAAAGUUCGUAAAACUAAGACCCCCUGCGGAAAAGAACCGAAAAGUUGAAAAUAUCGAGAUAUAGCCAAAACCUAGUGAUCGAACCGAGGGGCUUCGAUGUGCGCGUAGUGGCCCGUAAUCGUAUGAUGAGCCUGACUGUGCUCUCGCUGCCGCAACGUUUCAAGCGAAUCCUGCAAGCCAUGAUGUUAGCCGUCGCCGUCGUCUACAUGACCCUGCUGCUCUACCAGAGCGCCUACGGAUAUCCGGGCAUCCAAGUGCCGCACAGCCAGGUGGAUGGCCUGGCCAGUGAACCCAUGACCACACAUCGCGACCAGCUGCUCCAGGAAUACGUGCAGUCCUCCACGCCCACCCAGCCGGGGGCGGGAGCUCCGGCCGCCUCCCCCACCACCGUCAUCAUCCGCAAGGACAUACGCAGCUUCAACUUCAGCGACAUCGAGGUCAGCGAGCGACCCACGGCCACCCUGCUGACGGAACUGGCCCGAAGGAGCCGGAACGGGGAGCUGCUCCACGAUCUGUCCCAGAGAGCGGUGACUGCGACGCCGCAGCCGCCGGUGACCGAACUGGAUGACAUUUUCAUCAGCGUGAAGACGACGAAGAACUAUCACGACACCCGGCUGGCGUUGAUCAUCAAGACCUGGUUCCAAUUGGCCCGCGAUCAGACCUGGUUCUUCACGGACACGGAUGAUCACUACUACCAGGAGAAGACAAAGGGCCAUCUCAUCAACACGAAGUGCUCGCAGGGACAUUUUCGCAAGGCGCUCUGCUGCAAAAUGUCCGCCGAACUGGAUGUCUUCCUGGAGAGCGGCAAAAAGUGGUUCUGUCACUUUGACGAUGACAACUAUGUCAAUGUGCCCCGGCUGGUGAAACUGCUGGACGAGUACAGUCCCAGUGUGGAUUGGUAUCUGGGCAAGCCGAGCAUCUCGUCGCCGCUGGAGAUCCACUUGGACAGCAAGAACACCACGACCAACAAGAAGAUAACCUUCUGGUUCGCCACUGGUGGCGCUGGCUUCUGUCUUAGUCGGGCCCUGACUUUAAAAAUGCUGCCCAUAGCAGGUGGCGGCAAGUUUAUCAGCAUCGGCGACAAGAUACGUUUUCCGGAUGAUGUCACCAUGGGUUUUAUAAUAGAACACCUACUGAAAGUCCCUCUAACAGUGGUGGACAACUUCCACUCGCAUUUGGAGCCCAUGGAGUUCAUUCGCCAGGACACGUUCCAGGACCAGGUGUCCUUCAGCUAUGCCCACAUGAAGAACCAGUGGAAUGUGAUCAAGGUGGAUGGGUUCGAUCUCAAGACCGAUCCCAAGCGUUUCUACUCCCUGCACUGCCAGCUCUUCCCCUACUUCAGCUUCUGCCCGCCCAGAUGAACUGGAACUGGGUGAUCUAGGAUCCCAGAAUCCCGGGAUCCCAAUAGGCUGUUGCAGGCGUACGUCUGCGCUGGAUCGGUUGUGAACCGAUGGGGCAGGCGUCAAAAACAAAUCUCGCCACUGUGAUCUAAGUUUAAGUUUAUGGUAUACGAGCAACGAGAAAGGUUCUUUGUAUAUACAAUAUAUUGAGCAGCUUCCAGCUGGACAGAUGUGCUUCCUAAUGGUAUAAGUUAUACUUUAGCUCUAGUUCUGCAAUUUCAACACACUUCCAAGUGCUUCCCUAUAGCGUUACGCGGAUUCUUCCAAUCGACUUAGUGCGUAGUUAAAUUAAUGGUCUAGUCUACGUUUAAGUUAUCUUAGCUUCAGAGAGACCGCUUGACCCUCUGCUGUGUAAUACUGUAAUGCAGUCUAAUAUUGGCCUAAACUAGCAAUAUGCGUGUAUAUAGUAGAUCUAACUAACUAAGGAAUGUUUUAACCAUUUUGUUAAUUUUUAGUUUGCCUAAAUAAAAACUGAAUAUUUUAUUAAA